GCCAACUUUGACAGAUUCAGACAGCCAUGUGAGCGACGACUUUCCCUGCCUGGCCACGCACUCCUCUUCACUCCGAUUUGCUUCUCAUUCCACCACAUCCCAAAACUAAAACCCUUCUAUACAAUCUCUCAAUUUCUCAUCUCAAUCCACAUAUAUGUAUAUGUAGAUUGGUGUUGAGCAAUGCUGUGUUGUUGUUCGUAGAUACAAUUGCGUGAGUAUCAUCAUCAGAACCAGCAAUUCAAAGAAUGGGUUGGAGGAACCAAUUCCAAGAGAUAGCGAAUUCGAAGCCAUUGUUCUUGACGAUCUACGCCACCGUCAUCAUCGGAAUCCUAUUCUCUUCCUUCUAUGUCUUCUCCGCCGUCUACUCCUCCUCCUCCUCCCCCUCCUGGUUCCCUCAAGUUUCCUCCCAUGUCGAAUCUCCCCCCCGGGAUCAACUACCUAACUCUUCUCAACUAACAACAGUGGGUGUAGUACUGUCACCGGCACCACAGUCACAAAACAAGUUGAGGAAACCAAUUUGGGAGGUUCCCCCUUCUGGUUCAAAAAUGCCACCUUUGAAAACAUUCCGGUUGACAAAAGGCUUGGUUCAGAAAAGGGUGAAAGAUAACAUUAUCAUAAUGACCUUUGGCAAUUAUGCCUUCAUGGAUUUUAUCUUGACAUGGGUUAAACACCUUACAGAUUUGGGUUUAGACAAUAUCCUUGUUGGUGCAAUGGACACAAAACUGUUAGAGGCUUUGUACUGGAAAGGCAUUCCAGUUUUUGACAUGGGUAGCCAUAUGAGCACUACAGAUGUUGGAUGGGGCUCAGCAACAUUUCACAAAAUGGGGAGAGAAAAGGUUGUUCUAAUAGAUACAAUCCUACCAUUUGGCUUUGAACUACUGAUGUGUGAUACAGACAUGGUCUGGUUAAAGAACCCCCUUCCAUAUCUUGCUCGUUUUCCAGAAGCAGAUGUGUUGACUUCAAGUGAUCAAGUUUCGCCAACAGUUGCUGAUGACAGGUUGGACAUAUGGAAAGAAGUUGGCGCUGCAUAUAAUAUAGGAAUUUUCCACUGGCGGCCUUCAGAUGCUACAAAAAAAUUGGCAAAUGAAUGGAAGGAUAUGCUUCUAGCUGAUGAUAAGAUAUGGGACCAAAAUGGUUUUAACGAACUAGUACGCAGGCAGUUGGGGCCAUCUGUUGAUGAGGACAGUGAACUUGCAUAUGCUUAUGAUGGAAAGCUCAAGCUGGGGGUCCUGCCAGCAAGUAUAUUUUGCAGCGGGCAUACUUAUUUUGUCCAGGCAAUGUAUCAACAACUCAGAUUGGAGCCAUAUGCUGUACAUACUACAUUCCAAUAUGCAGGUACUGAAGGAAAGCGUCACCGACUACGUGAAGCCAUGAUUUUUUAUGACCCACCGGAAUUUUAUGAUUCACCAGGAGGUUUCUUGACCUUUAAGCCAUCUAUUCCAAAGAGUUUGUUACUAGACGGGGAGCAUACUAUUGAAUCACAUUUUUCUCUCAUUAAUUACCAAAUGAAGCAAAUAAGGACAGCUCUUUCUAUUGCUUCUUUGUUGAAUCGUACACUGGUUAUGCCUCCACUAUGGUGCAGGUUGGAUAGAUUAUGGUUUCCACAUCCCGGAGUUCUGAUUGGGACUAUGACAAGACAGCCUUUUCUCUGCCCUUUGGAUCAUGUGUUUGAGGUGAAUGUCAUGUUGAAGGAAAUGCCAGCAGAUGAAUUUGGUCCUGGGAUCAAUUUGAGGGAGUAUUCCUUCUUUGACAAUCCAUCAGUACCCCGACAGGUGAAAGAGUCAUGGCUUGAUGUACAACUUUGUCAAGAAGGAUCACAAAAUUGCAAUGUAUCAAACAGUACGAGUCCAACAGGAGUGCUCAAAUUUCCCAAGAACGGAAAUGACGAAACGUUCAAAACAGUAUUCUCCUCAUUCAAGGAUGUCAAAGUCAUACAAUUCUCAUCAAUGCAAGAUGCCUUCCUAGGUUUCACAGACAAGACAAGGGAGGAAAAGUUCAGGAAUCGUGUGAAGCGAUACGUAGGUAUAUGGUGUUGUGUGCAAAACCACACUCCUGGCCACAUAUAUUACGACAUGUAUUGGGAUGAGAAACCUGAUUGGAAACCAAUUCCACCCCAAAAACCCGAAGAUGAUCAUCCGCCAUGGUGAGUCCUAGCCCUAACUAACUUGUGGUUCGUCAUUACAUGAGCAAAUCAGUGGGAGGCAAAUGGAAGGAACACAAACGUCCUAAGUUGCUCAAAAUCCGAACUCGGGAAAACAAGCAGAGAUAUGUAUGAUUACUCACAGAUGAAUGUAAUUUUAUAUUUAUAGGCAGAAUUUAGAAUAUGAUGUUUGGAUUAGGAGGGAACUUGUGUUGGUGAUAGAAGGAAUUUUGAAAAUGCAAAUUGAGAAGUGGAAGCAAAUCAUAAGGGAGGUGAGAAGUAAAAUCAUCUUCUGAAUUCUGAAGAAAUGUACUUUGUUCAAUUUUUUUAAGAAAAAUGCUUGGGAGCACUAAUUAGUGCUCCCACUAAUUA